AUGGCCUUCAACGUCCUUACCACAAAUGCGACCGAACUCCAGCGGUUGUUACAAGAAAACAAAAUCACGAGCGUCCAGAUUGUGCACGAAUAUAUCGCGCAGAUUGAUCGUCAUGAGCCUGCUCUCAAUGCGUUGAUCUCGGCGGCCAAGCGGGAUAACGUUCUCGCAAUUGCCAGAUCUCUAGACCAGGAGCGUCAAAAAGGUAAACUCAGGGGACCAUUUCAUGGAAUUCCGAUUAUUUUGAAGGACAGCUUUGUCACCGCGUCGGAUCUUGGUAUGAGCACAACGGUUGGAUCGCGCGCGUUCAUCGGAUCCAAGGCGUCGAAGAAUGGAGUCAUCACUCAGCAGUUAAUUGACGGUGGCCUGAUCAUCCUGGGAAAGGGUAACAUGACUGAAUUUGCUGGCAUGAAAAUGACCACGAUGAUGCCGGGUUGGUCUGCGCAUGGCGGCCAGACGCUGUCACCCUACGUCGGCAAGUUGGAGGAGAAUGAAAAAUUGCUUGGUCACUCAGCUCCUGGAGGUUCAUCUACUGGUUCGGCGGUAGCUGUAGCUGCCGGCUUCAGUCCGCUUGCCAUGGCUACAGAGACAAUUGGUUCCAUCGUAACUCCUUCAACCCGCGCAGCUUUGUACGCGCUCAAGCCUACUACCGGGAUUCAAGAUGUUACUGGACUGCAUACCAUGACAGAUUUCUUUGAUAGCGCAGGCCCUAUGGCAAAAUCCGCGGAAGACGUACGCGUGCUUUCUGAGAUUUUACUCGAUCGGACAUUUAACUUCUCUCCAUCGGGCUCCUGGGAAGGCCUUUCCAUAGGCUUUCUGGAUCCGAAGGUAUGGACCAUGGCAUCUGAUUUUUGUACGCAAUUUGAAGGAACAGCAGAGCAAAUGGUAGAUGAGUACGAAGAUACAGUUUCUAGCCUGAAAAGCCAUGGUUGUUCUUUAAAGUACCCAAUUGAUCUUAAGGAUGUUUCAACACUGUCGGAUAUACUACCUAUCGCAUAUUGGGACUUCAAAAAUGUUUGUAUCCCUAGAUUCAUCAAGGCGUUUGACGAAUGCCCUGUGAGUAGCGUUGCGGAUAUUGUCAAGUACAACAGAGACAAUUCCAAAACAGCGCUGCCUGCUCCAUUCACGGAGCAAAAUGAUUUAGAGGGGGCAAUGAACAGCAAUGACGAAAAGGAGAAAAUAGAUGCUUUAAAACUGGAUCUUCGUAAUGCUGCAAAAGAUAUUCUCGACGAUGCGUUUGAUAAGGAAAAAAUCAACAUCAUUGCUGCUCCCGGAGACUCGCCGCUGUGCGUUCAUGCUGCCGCUGCAGGAUACCCUGUAGCCACGGUCCCGAUAGGGCAACUUCGAUAUAAUAAUCGGCCGUUCGGUUUAUGUCUCUUAGCAAAGGCCAAUGAGGAGGAAACUCUUUUGCGGUUUAUGAAUGCUUACGAGAGAGUUGGUAAGCCUCGCCCGGUGCCGAACAUUUGA